UCACUUCUAUACGCUUUUACCUUCUUCUCCAUUCUUCUUCCUCACCCCACUCUCUCUCACCCACACCCACCCACCCAAAUUAUCGUUUAAUCCUGAUCGUGAUGGGUUUCUAUGAGCUUACUUGAUAACGAAUCAUCGGAUAUAUGUCCUUUUUUAGGUUAACACGACCUCAAAAUAUUGAAUAAUCAACAUCAGUUUUAGCACCUCGAUUCUUUCCUUAGCUUAUAUAACGUUGAAAACAAAACAUAUCCAUGGGGGGAGCUUGUUCUAGAAAAAGAGACCAACAAACCAACGACGACAUUGUUCUUGGAGGAGUUUCUCGAAGAUAUUCCAAAAGUGGAAGCUCAAAAUGGCUGGGAACCUCUUUUUCUCGAGCAUCUGUAGAUAAUAAACAAGGAAACACCAUACCCCCGUCUCUCAUGGAAUUAUGCAUUUAUAAAAUUUCUCAAGAAAUUGAUGAGUAUGGAACCUUCUCUAUGCUUCCAAGAGAUAUCAGCCAACAGAUUUUUAAUGAAUUGGUUUACUCUCAACGCCUUAACGAGGCUUCUCUUGAAGCAUUUCUAGAUUGUGCUUUGCAGGAUAUAAACUUGGGUGAAUAUCCAGGAGUUGAUGACACGUGGAUGGAUGUGAUCUCUUCACAGGGAUCAUCUUUACUUUCUGCAGAUCUUUCUAGUUCCGAUGUUACAGAUUCUGGUUUGUUACAUAUUAAAGAAUGCAAGAAUGUUGAGGCUUUAAACCUUAAUUUCUGUGAACAUAUCUCUGAUGUUGGGCUUGGAUGCAUUACAGGUCUUUCAAACUUGACAAGUUUGAGUUUGAAGAGGAACACAAGCAUCACUGCAAAAGGAAUGAGUGUGCUUUCAGGAUUGGUCAAUUUGUCAAAGUUGGAUCUAGAAAGAUGUUCUGGAAUCCAUGGUGGUCUUGUUCAUUUAAGAGGUUUAAAAAAGCUGGAGGCACUUAAUAUGAACUGUUGUAAUUGCAUUACUGAUGCUGAUAUGAAGCCUCUCUCAGACCUAAGAAAUUUGAAAGAAUUACAAAUCUCCAGCAGCAAGGUCACAGAUAAUGGUGUCACAUUCUUGAAAGGUUUACACAAGCUUGCAUUGCUGAAUAUGGAACGCUGCCCUAUUACUGCAGCAUGCCUGGAUUCACUUUCAGAUCUUGUUGCUCUACUUUUUCUGAAUGUAAGCAGAUCUAAUAUCACUGAUGAUGGGUGUGACAAGUUUUCAAAAUUGAAGUCUCUAAAAGUGCUCAACUUGGGAUUCAAUGAUAUGUCAGAUGCUGUUUUGGCACACCUCAAAGGUUUGAUAAAUUUGGAGAGCUUGAAUCUGGAUUCAUGUAGAAUUGGGGAUAAAGGAUUGGUUCACUUAGCAGGCCUUGUUUGUUUGAAAUGUUUGGAGUUGUCUGAUACAGAAGUUGGAAACAAUGGUCUUCGUCAUCUCUCUGGUUUGGUGAAUUUGGAAAGUUUGAAUCUUUCAUUCACACUUAUUACAGAUGGAGGUUUGCGACACUUGUCAAAACUGUCAAGUAUUAGAUCACUUAAUCUUGAUGUUCGCCAAAUCACAGAUGCUGGACUUGCAAUUCUUACAAGUUUGACCGGAUUGACUCAUUUGGAUCUUUUCUGUGCGAAAAUAACAGACACUGGAACAAAUCAUCUGCGCAAUUUCAAGAAGUUGCGAUCAUUGGAGAUUUGUGGUGGAGGAUUAACUGAUGCUGGUGUGAAGAACAUCAAGGAUCUUAAAUCUUUGAUGCUUUUGAAUCUGUCUCAAAACAGCCACCUGUCUGAUAAAUCUCUAGAAAUGAUAUCUGAAUUGACAAACUUGGUGUCUUUAAAUGUUUCGAGUUCAAGGAUAACAAGUGCAGGAUUGAAGCAUUUAACAAGUCUGAAGAAGUUGAAAUCAUUGAGCUUGGAGUCAACUAAGGUGACUGCAAAUGAUAUAAAGAGGCUCCAUGAAUCCCACCUUCCUGAUCUCGUGACUUUUAGGCCUGAGUAGGUGGAAAGAUGCCAUGGGGUUUCUGUACAUAAAGAUUGGUGAUGAAUGAAUAUGGACUCCAUCCCUGAUUUGUUGAAUUGUAAAUAUGUCUGCUUCUUGUGUUGUGGGUGAUACUAUGUCUAUUGUCUAUUGUCUAGUGAACGUGAAGCUUUUUCUUUCAUGGAUGUGGAAAUUGUGAUGUAAAUAAAGGCAUCCUUUGCUACAUCUCUUUUUAUAUUGUCUAGAAAUCAAUGUGGGUAAUGUUCUUGUAAAUAUUAUGGGGAUGUUUGUCGUUAUUAUAAAACUAAUUUGUUCGCUUGUUA